CAAGUCCUUGUUACGGAACAAUGCCUUUCACUUGUGGCAAGGAAAUUUAAGUUAUGGUCUGCUAGUGUAGAUUUUCUAGAUACAGUUUAUUUAUUUAUAGCAAAGUUGCAAUAUGAGAGAAAUAGUUCACGUACAAGUCGGUCAAUGUGGUAAUCAAAUUGGGGCAAAGGUAAGAAGCAAAUGUAAACUGAAUAUGAAUAUAAUAUAUCAAAUAUAAAUAUAUAUGGACUUAUGGGGGCGUGUUUAGGCUUCUCUGCACGAAGUUAACUCAGAUUAAAAUUUGGGUAUGAAUAUGUUGACUAGAUUCAUAAUUUAGGCUUCACGUUACUCACUAGCAGUAUAGAGUUAGAUUCCGACAGUUUCUUUAAAUAUAGUUCACCGGACUGAUGAUCUGAUGGCACAAAAGUGUAGGCUUAGCGACUAUAUUCGUAUGCAUAUGUGAGUGAGAAUUAUCUCAGAAGGCGGAAAGAUUGUUACUUGAGAGCUUCAAUAAUGAAAUUUUCCGAAACAGUUCAACUAAGGUACUUUGGCAUAAGACAGAAUAAAAUACUCUGCACUCCCCGCCCUCUUGUAUAGACUCUUGUACUGAGAUUUAAAUUCUGAAAUCUUCGCUUUAAUAGUCAUAUUAUGACAAUCUGCCUUAUAUCUGUAUAUAUCAAAGAAAUAUGAUCGGAAUUUUAUUACUCGUAUCGACUACUGCAAUCUGGCCAAAUCUUGACCAGAAAUAUAAGACCUCAUGACCUUAAAAUCAUCUUCUUUUAUUAAGAAAUGCCCAGAAUCUUGAACCCAAUUGCACGGGUCUGACACACUUAUAUUUAUUUACUCUUAGCUUAUAAUCUGCUUAACUAGUCAGUAAUACCUUAAGAUAAGUAGGAAAUAUCAAGCCUAAUAGCAGUGAAAUAUAGAAAAAUAACUUUAAGUUUUUAAAGUGAAUAAAUUUUUGACUUUUCGAUCUUUUAAUGAUCGCAUUACGUCGAAUCGGUGAAUGCCUAACUAACACCUAAUUAAAUUCAACGCAAACGCCACGGGUGGUAUUAAAUUAAUGGAUAUGUACCCGAAAGCAAAAUGAACUUAGUACGUCAUGCAUCGUAUUGAAACUAAUAUUAAAUAAUAUAUAUGUCGAAAUUCUGUAGAUUCCAACCUCACUUUCCAAUUCUCCGCAGACAAUUACCUUCAAUUCUUCUUUUUGGAGUUUAGUACUUCUUCGGAAACAUAGCAAUAGGAUUCAGUAUUGUGGAGGAGGGUGCAACGUAAAGUAGAUCUAGACAAUUUGACUUGAGAAAGGCUUAGAACAGCCACAUUUGAGUGUAUUAAAUUGUAGUGUUGUCGGAAAUUCAAGAGGCUUUGCCCAGCCACCGGGAAAAAUGAGUUCCGCCACUUCAGGAUUAUAAUCCGUUUCAGGAUUGUAAGGUAUGUAAGUCUGUUCUCGAGUCUGUUUGUGCAUUAUACUUUUCUCUUAGUUUUGGGAAGAUAUUUGUGCUGAACACGGAAUAGAACCAACAGGAGAAUACAAUGGUGAUUCUGAUCUUCAGUUACAAAGGAUAAACGUUUAUUUCAAUGAAGCUCAAGGUAACUCGCGCUGUCAGAAAUGAUUUACUUGCCUGCAUACCCGCCAACACAGCAUCUUCGUCUCCAGGGCCAAGCUUUUUGCUGCUAGGACGCAAAUGACUAAAGACUCUUUUCCACACGUCGCUCAAAAUAACUCGCAGGUCCGCUGCGAAAAGCGAUCCCCUAGGAAAUGAGCUCGAUUCUUUUAUUAUAUGAAAACAUCAUGUGUUUGUAGUCGCAAACAAAUAAAAACUAAUUGUGGAUUCUGAUUGUGCAUGCCAGUUACGACUGGGUCAAGACUCCCAAGGCCCCAACCCGCAGAGGCCCCACCUAUUGUCGAAUUUCCUGCGAUACUACAGUCCAAAUGCUUGUGUUUUUUGUUUCAGGAGGAAAGUACGUUCCCCGUGGUAUCAUGGUCGACUUGGAACCAGGCGCUCUAGACACGAUACGAGCUGGACCUUAUGGAAAAGUUUUCAAACCAGAUAAUUUUGUUUUUGGUAAGUUUUGUGUUUUAAGAAAGCCCGUGCCGACGAGCAGGUUUUCUUUGCCACGUUUUAUUCGCUCGUGUGUGCGGCAAAAAAUAAACAAUUGUUCCUUGCUAAGGAGCGCUGUUUCAAUGCUAGUCAUGCCAGCUUUUGGACAAGGAAACCAAAACCGAAAAUGUGUUCGUGUGUAUGGCCGCCAAGGAAGACAAGAAAAACUUGAAAGUUGAAACGUGUAGAAGAAAUAUGUAGAACUUCAGCAUGACUAUGGUUUUGGCGGCGAACAAAAGGCGACAUUGACAUGAGAUAAAUGUUUGACAACAUUCCGUGCAAAAGAACUUGUCAAGGGAAACUUGUUAAGCCAUUAAAUCUGAAAUCCUAGUUACGGAUCUAGUAAGGAGAAUUCCACAGUAAGUUUCCAGUAAAACUCUUAUCUUUCAGGUCAAAAUGGAACAGGGAACAACUGGGCAAAGGGACAUUACACUGAAGGUGCUGAAUUGAUAGACAACGUUAUGGACGUAAUUCAGAAAGAAUCCGAAGGCUGCGAUUGUAUUCAAGGUUUUCAACUCACUCAGUCCCUGGGUGGGGGCACAGGUUCCGGUAUGGGAACUUUGCUGCUGUCAAAAAUCCGGGAAGAAUUCCCCGACCGCAUAUUGUCUACAUACAGCGUGGUACCGUCGCCGAAAGUCUCCGAAGUUGUUGUCGAGCCAUACAAUGCGACGCUUUCUGUUCAUCAGUUGUUGGAAAAUUCUGAUAUGUCAUUUUGUAUUGAUAACGAGGCAUUGUAUGACAUUGCGUUUCGAACCUUGAAACUGACCACGCCGACCCAUGCUGACUUGAAUCAUAUUGUUUCCUUGGCAAUGAGUGGCGUCACCACCUGCUUACGUUUCCCAGGGCAGGUAUGGUAUAUGGGUGUAAAGUUCGGGUAAACACUAUCUUGCUGCAGAGUUUUUAAUAUCAGGCUUUUUGAAUCAGUUUAAAAUGUUAUGUUAGCACUCUACAAACACCUGAAAUGCAAAGAGAACGUCAAAAUUAGUAGUGUCGUUUCUGAAAACAGAAAAAUUAAUGUAUGGGAAUUUUGCAUUGAACGGGCGUACCGAUGGCAUAAAAGGGAGAUUUAGUUCAAUACGUUUGUUCCCAUCACUGUCAUUACCACCAAGUUGGCUCAUCACGCUUAAGCCUGGUUCCCGUAUGGUUGUAACUGUCGCGAACGUGUUGCCAACGUGUCUUUGUCUUUUCUUCAUGAAUUUAAAAUGCGUUUUUUAACUCAAUCUCAGGGGGCCAACCGACGUUUAAUUCAACGUUGAAUCAACGUCGGAAAUUAUCUCCCAGACGUUCGAUAGACGUUGAAAAAGGACUGAAAAUGUAAAUUGGAUCGAUGUUACACUUUUGACGUUAAAACAACGUUGAGAUUAGGUUGCCAGUCUCGUCAACCAUAAUUCAACGUUGAAUCCACGUUGAAACAACGUUGAAAUUGCUUCACAAGUUGACGUCGUAUAAUCAACCAUGGAUGAACGUUGAUUCGACGUCUGUUUAAUAUGAGCUGCUGUUGAACAAACGUUUGUAAAAAACAACAUCAGAGCAACGUUGAUAUCAGGUUGUCGACGUCACAACCUUUUUUCAACCAAAUCUCAACGUUGAAACAACGUCCUGUGCCCGGUGGGUCGUACAAUGUCUACAUCCAAAAGUAUCCUGAUUUACAAUUUACUUAUAAUUUUUGCUUCGUGUUGUAGUUAAACGCCGAUCUACGAAAGUUAGCUGUAAACAUGGUACCGUUUCCGCGUCUUCAUUUCUUCAUUCCCGGAUUUGCCCCUCUGGUGAGCCGUGGAUCUCAGCAAUACCAAGCUUUGACCGUACCAGAACUUACCCAGCAAAUGUUCGACGCGAAGAACAUGAUGGCAGCUUGUGAUCCCCGUCAUGGUCGAUAUCUCACUGUUUCAACCAUAUACCGUGGUCGAAUGUCCAUGAGAGAAGUCGAUGAACAAAUCCAAAACGUGCAGGACAAGAAUAGCUCGUAUUUCGUGGAAUGGAUUCCGAACAAUGUGAAGACUGCUGUCUGUGAUGUCCCCAAUAGAGGCUUGAAGAUGUCUGGUACGUUUAUUGGGAACAAUACAGCGAUACAGGAAUUGUUUAAAAGACUAAGUGAGCAGUUUACGGCUAUGUUUCGGAGAAAAGCAUUCCUUCAUUGGUAUACAGGCGAGGGCAUGGAUGAAAUGGAAUUUACAGAGGUAACGUAUAAUUAUAAUGAAGCUGUAAAAGGUGGAUAGCUGUUCAUUACACGAGAAAAAUUGAAAAAUUAUGUUUGUUUUUACUAAAGUCUACAGGUAUCCUAUUUUAGAAUAUUUUACCUGUUUACUGGUUAUUUGUGUCUGACAUUUGUGACUGUAAGUCACUAAGCCUCAUUAUUGAUGAACAUACCAUCAUACUAAACACUUUUGUGUGGUUCAGAUCAGGGUUUUAUCAGUUUAUACACCAAUAUUAUAUCGGAUGCAUUGCUCUGUUAUACAACUUGCAGUUGUAUAUAGCAAGUGUGUUACCAUGAUCAACCUUGUAACAAGGUGAUAACAACCUGUUCCAGACUUGUCACAACAAGUGGCUUUGAUGGUGUAAAUCAGUCUUAAUAUACUCAUGAAAUAUUUUCAUUUUAUAAAUAGACAACUUGCAUGUUAGACUAAUUUUUGAUUUAGACAAAAAAGGUAAAUUCCCGUAAAGAACUUAUCAAAAUCAGUAAAAUUGCAAAAUUUGGUUACGAAAUGUUGUAAAAUACAGAAAAUAUAGCCUUGCAAAGUUUGCAUAUUUUCAGUAUGUUUGUAUUACGUGCGGAAAUUGUUACCAUUUUUGAGCCGAAAAUGGUAACAAUUUCCGCACGUAACACAAAUAUACUGCCGAAAAUAUGCAAACUUCGCAAGGCUAUAUGUUCGUAUUUUACAACAUUUUGCAACCAAAUUUUGCAAUUUUACUAAUUUUAUUACGUUCUUUUCAACUGUUGUGUUCGAUUCCCUUCUCUUUACUUAGAUUAAAAUUUAGUCUAACAUGCAAGUUGUCCAUUCUCCAGGCUGAAUCAAACAUGCAAGACUUGAUAUCGGAGUAUCAACAAUACGCAGAGGCGACAGUGGAAGAUCGCGAAUACGAGGAAGAAGAAGAUAUAGAAGACGAAGAAGCCGUUGAAUGAAAUAUUGUUACAAUGUUUUCUAAGCUCUAACGUUGUAGAAAUAUUUAAAAUUAGAACACAUUUCUUCCUACAUUCUACUUGGCAAUGCUUUAAGUCCUAGUCAAACGAGAGCGAGAGUUGCCAUGAGAGCUGAUUAGAGUUGAUUGGAUAUUACAGGUCAAACGAGCAAAAACUCUCAUCAACUCUCAUCAAAGGUCAUCAAAAGUUGAACCAGCUGAAAACUGACGAGUGUUUAGGGCGAUCAAAUGAGAGCGAGAGUUGCAACUGUCAUCAACCCCAGAUCUCAUACUGGUUUGACCUGGACAUUACUGAGGGUCUCCCAAGGGGGGGGGGGAGGGGUACCGUGUUCACUUCACUGAAAGUGUCCAUUCCUUUGUUCCCUUAUUCUCCACAAAGAUUUCGCCAUGUUUCCUUGUUUCCCCACAAAGAUUUCACCAAGUUCCCUUGUUUCCCCAGCUUACAUGUUCCCUUGUUCCCCACAAAGACUCCACCAUGUGUCCCUUGUUUCCCCACAAAGAUUUCAGCCUGUUGCCUUGUUUCCCCAGCUUACAUGUUCCCUUGUUCCCCACAAAGGUUCCGCCAUGUUCCCUUGUUUCCCCAGCUUACAUGCAUGUUCCCUCUUCCCUAUAAUUUUUCUGACUUUGUCCCCAUAUUCCCAUUGCAAAAUAUGCCUUGUCUCCUAAAAAAACAUGGGAGACCCUCUCAGACCCUAACUAUUUCGUGCAUGCCAAUGUAGUAAGUCUGCAUGAAAAAUAAUAGGACGAGAAGACGGAGAACAACGCGUAAAGCGGCACACGAAAGGAUUUCUAUUGCCCAUAUUAACAUUGCUCUCGCCUCUCUGCAUAGAGAUUGGCACAGUUUCUGAACUCUAUGCCGGCUAUACAGGAGGGACGUUUGAAAACAGCUGAAACUUUAGAUAUUGUAAGCCUCCGGGUUCCAACAAUAAACUCAAGGCUUAUAUAUUCGUCGUAAGCAGUUUUUGAUAGGCUCAUUAAGGCUCUUUAAUUUCCACUUAUCGCAAAAACCAACUGGGAAGCUUGCCCCAAGUGCUUGCGUCUAAAAAUAAAUUGUCGAGCAUUGCGAUCGGAUGAAAGCACUUGCAGCUUUUGUGAGUUGAUUCUUGUGAUGAAUGGAAAAGACGCUUUAUAUGCGGGGUUUAUAGAUAGAUGAGAUAUUUCGUUAGUGUAAUAAAAGUAUACAGCCAGUGAAAAAUUCUCUUGUGAAACUGUGAUAGAACAUUAAAGCCC